AAAUCGAAGAAAAAGGUCAAAGAGCUCCUAACUCCUCUCGAAUAUGCCCGGCGGGUAAUAGCAGAGACGGAAGAAAAGCGCGCACGGGGAAUACGUCCCCGGUCCACAUAUCUACGGGGAAAGAAGAUAUUCUAUUGCAGCAAUGACCGCACAUACGCCAGUGAUACGACCAAGGGCAGAAUGGACUUCAUCCUCAGACACGGUGGCACACUCGUACCAGUCUACGACCCAGAUGAAGUCACACACAUUUCCACAAACGCGCACAAGAACAUUUUCCUCGAGAGAAUGGGCAUGAAGAGUCUGGAUGAGAUUCCGGACCGCAUUCCCACAGUGACGUGGGAUUGGGUAGUAUCCGGUUUUGACCGCCCGCAAGCCACUGACGCCGACGCUGAAUCCAAAAAACAAGAAGAGAGUGAGGAUGAGAAUGUCAUGGAUUAUGUGAUGUCGCAUGCCGCGUUUGUGGAACGGCUUGAUGCCGGGGCAGAGCCCUGGAUGCUCAAAGCCAUACAGAAGGGGCAGCAAUCUAAGGCAAGCUCUAGUCAUGUGGCCAUUGGUCAGCGGGCGCAAAAGGGCUGUGCCUUGAACCACCAAUAUGACGACCCGAAGACGUCAAUAAUAUGCGACUUCACUGAGAUCCUGCCCUCACCUCCAUCUCCUCGAGGACCACCAAAAGUGCCACCGACGGGAGGCAACGGAACUGAACGUGGGCGCUCAGGAGAGGCCGGUGUGGCAACCCCGGAGAACGGUGCCGAUGGGAAUCGCAUUCGCUCGUCCUCCAGCUACGACCCUCUGGCUGAGUUUUAUGCUCAAGCGCGGGCAGACCGCGCUGCUGAAGGCUCCCAUCCGUUGAAUACGACCGACGAGGACGACUCGAUUAUGACCGCACCCUGCCCUGACGAGCCUGUCCCUAUCUCCCAGGGGUUCUUAUGCGAUACCAAGGGUGGGGGCCUGCCCAACAACUGUCCCAAUCAAGAUGUAGUCGAUAAGCUUCAGGAGUUGAAGGCGUUGCACAAGCUCAAACCGUCGGAGGAAGACAAAUGGCGUGUAUUCGCAUAUACAAAAGCUAUUAAAGCUCUCCGCUUUCACCCCACGAGAAUUCGUUCACAUGCGGAGGCUGUAGCUCUCCCCGGAGUCGGGAACAAGACGGCACAGAAAAUUAUGGAGAUUAUCGAAACAGGAAAACUGCGGCGUAUUGAAUAUGAAAGGACAGAAGACGUUGCAGCAGUUCUCCUGUUUCAAGGCAUAUAUGGUGUUGGUUCGUUCUGCAUUCUUUCAUCAAUUCAACGCGAGAUCGAGCAGGUCUUCACAGGUUCAAAGAUCGCCCGGGAAUGGUACACUCGUGGAUGCAGAACACUUGACGAUAUUCGAACAAGGAAAGGUGGCAUCCGCCUCAGCCAAGCACAGGAAAUUGGUUUGAAGUAUUAUGAGGAGAUUAACUCGAGAAUGCCGAGAGACGAAGCGGCAGACAUUUAUAAUAAGAUCAAGCCCAUUGCCCUGAAGAUUGACCCCAAGCUUUUCAUCGAGAUUAUGGGGAGCUACAGAAGGUUAGGCAAAGCUGACUGUGGAGACAUCGAUAUUCUCAUUACGCGGCCGACUGACGAUGGGAGGACGCACCAAGGUCAGUCCAAAUCUACGCCUUGGAUUUUAUCUCUUAGCGUUCUUGCAGGCGUGUUGCGACGACUCUUCAGAGAGCUCCAUCGACAGGGGAUCUUGACAGAGGAUCUGAACAUUCCUGGGUCGUUUGACGAUCUCGAGCUCAUUUACCGGGGGCUAUGUAGGAGAGAUGUCAACAGUUCUCGGCGACGGAUCGGCAACUUGACUGACACAGACUUUCUGACGGUGCCAUAUAAAUCGAGAGGCGCUGCUCUUCUGUAUUACACCGGAGACGAUAUUUUCAACCGUUCUCUGCGCUUGAAGGCCAAUAAGAUGGGAUAUUCCUUGAAUCAAAGGGGCCUAUACGCUGGUGUCAUACGAAACCCCAGUGACCGGAGAGAAAAGCUCGAGAAUGGCAUUAUUAUCGCUUCAGAAACUGAAGAAGAAAUUCUCAGGAUCCUUGGCAAGCAACUUGUUCUGUCGCUUUUGUGA